AUGGAGAUGCAGUCGUACUACACGAAGCUGCUGGGAGAGCUCAACGAGCAGCGCAAGAGGGACUUCUUCUGCGACUGCAGCAUCAUCGUGGAGGGGAGGAUCUUCAAAGCCCACAAAAACAUCCUGUUCGCCAACAGCGGCUAUUUCCGAGCCCUCCUCAUCCACUACAUCCAAGACAGCGGCCGCCACAGCACCGCCUCGCUGGACAUCGUCACCUCGGAGGCUUUCUCCAUCAUCCUCGAUUUCCUUUACUCUGGGAAGCUAGAUCUCUGUGGGGAGAACGUGAUCGAGGUGAUGUCUGCGGCGAGUUACUUGCAGAUGACCGACGUGGUCAACUUCUGCAAAACCUACAUACGCUCCUCCUUAGAUAUUUGCAGGAAAAUUGAGAGAGAAGCUGCUUUUUACCAGGCUGACAGCGGGAGCGCCGGCUCUGCCAGAGAGGGCGCCUCGUACGGCUCCAAGAGCCAGUGCUCUGCCUCUGCCUCCUCCCUGCAGGAAAAGGAAAGGAUUUCGGAUUGCCAGAGGGACCCUCCCUGCGGGGAGUGCGACAGCUGCCACCCCCUGGAGCUGGUGGUCAGGGACCCCGGCAGCAGCGACGCCGCGGGCGACGUUAACUCCUCGCUGCCCAAGGGGGUGGAACCCAAAGUGGAGUUUGACCCGGAGGAGGGGGAGGUGGGCGAGCGGCUGCCCCAGUACCCGCCCCCGCUGUCCCUCGAGCAGAUGGAGGAGGGGCUGCACGGCGGGCAGGCCGUGGACCUGGCCUGCAACAACUAUCACAUGAAGCAGUUCCUGGAGGCCCUGCUGCGCAACAGCUCCUCUCAGAGAAAGGAGGAGGUGGUUCAUCACUUUGUCCGGGGCUUUGAGGGUAGGCCAGAGGAUGCAGGGGUAGCCAUGAGUUCCAUGAUGGACAUUCACAGCGACUGGUAUGGUGAGGACACAGGUGACGUGUUGGUGGUGCCCAUCAAGCUCCACAAGUGUCCCUUCUGCCCCUACACGGCCAAGCAGAAGGGGAUCCUGAAGAGGCACAUCAGGUCCCACACGGGGGAGAGGCCCUACCCCUGUGAGACCUGUGGGAAGCGUUUCACCCGGCAGGAGCACCUCCGGAGCCACGCCUUGAGUGUGCAUCGCUCCAACAAGCCCAUUAUCUGUAAGGGCUGCAGGAGAACGUUCACCAGCAGCCUGUCCCAAGGACUGCGACGCUUUGGGCUGUGUGACAGCUGCACCUGUGUCACCACCACCCACGAGGACUCCAUGCCCAUCAACCUCAGCCUCAUGGAACCUUCAUCAGAAGGCCAAGAGAAGGGGGAUGCUGAUAACGAUUGGCCCAUCUAUGUGGAGUCUGGAGAGGAGAACGACCCAGCUGAUGAUGAGGAUGGUGAUGACAAGCAGGAAAUCCACAGGAGCUUGUCAGACAGAGAAACAUUGAUGUAG